UAGUGAAACUCGGCCACUGAUUGGCUAGCUGCGCAUGUUGCUAUGGAUCGAGUAUUUUCCGCGUCCUCAGCAACCGCCGGUGUGAGGCCGUGAGAGAGGAAUGCCACGAGUGGCGGCCCGCUGACUGACUGUAAGCACGAGUGGGUGUCAUAUACCUAUACUCCAUCAGAAGACAAGAUGCCAAUUGUCAAUGUACCGGUCAUUCAAAAAUUUGGCAUAAUAUCAACAAAACAUCACCAUGAACUUCAAAAAAAGUUAUUAGAGAAAACUGAAGAAAGCCUUGUCAGAAAGUCUACCUUUCACAGAAGGCCGCUGGAAGUCACAGAGGAAUUCAUCAAACAGUUUAAUGAUGCAGAAGUUCUUGAGGAGCAAGAGCGCAUGCUUGACUCUGCUAAGAAAAUACUUCUCCGAUGCAAGAGGCGAGCAGGACUUCAGACAAAUGGCUCAGGAAAUCAUGUGAAUCUGCACCUUGCCUGGACAGACCUUAUUUUAAUCUCACAAUGUAAAGGAAAAGUUCAAGAAGAGGCUCUGGACAUGCUGCUUAUUUCAGUGGAUCAAUCUGAACUCAAUCAGGACCACAUUCCUCUGCUGUUCUAUAUUGCUGAAUCCGUUCUUUAUCGAAUCUGUUGUGAUGCGGCCCAUGAGCCUCACCUGUUGUCCAGUGAAGUCAAACUUUCAAAGCUUGGAUUUGUGACAUUUUUAAGGCUUUACACCUUUCAUCUCAUGAGACAACUGCAUCAUUUUGAAGAACAAAGAAGACUUUCCACAUAUCUAAAAGCUCUGUCAGAAUGUGAAACAACAUAUCAUCCAUUCCCAAGCGUUCUGUUAUCCAUACAUGUUAUGAUGAAAGUUGGAGCAAUCAUAUGUAAUAUAGAGUAUUACCUGGAAACUGAGACAUUUUUACAGGAAGAACCAGAUUCCACAGACAAUUUGAGUUUGGACUCAGGAGCAGCUGAAAUAGACCUGUUUCUUUGGCAUAGUCUUCUCAUUUGGCAGCGCAUUCAGAAUCAUAGCACAAAUUAUCAUGAUAUCAUCGAGCAUCUCUUCCUACUGAAAGAACAUCUCCAUCAAGAAAACUGGUUGGAUUCACUUCUAGCAUUACUCAUCUUGGGAGAAGCUGCAAAAAUAGAAAUUUCCUGUUUAAGAGUACUAGUGGACCUAGGAUGUGACUUUAUGACUAAUUUACAAGACCAGUCAUCAAUGCAUACAGCGAGCACUUUUUCCCAAUGGCCAUGGCAAGUUAUCUGUGGUUACACGUCGGUGCUUGCAGACGUUUGCUUGCAUGGGACUACAUCAGAUAUCCAGAAGCAUGCAUUUAUUGGCUUCUCGAGUGAGAGUACUAUGCAUGAGGGAAACAACGAAGCCAGUUUAAAUGGUUUAUUACAUUUUAAUCCUGCGAAUACAUCAGAUUCCAACCAUUUAAAAUGGAUUAUUUCAUACUGUACGAUUUACAAUCUCGUUAAAAUCUGUCAUGAACUUCAGUGGGAUUUAAGCAGAGAUAGUCUCAGAAAUGCAAUAUGGAAAGCACUGGACCAAAGAAAAGGUGUAGAAAAGGAUACCCUGGAUGCUGUGAAAAUAGCAGAGGCUGAACUAAAUGGGCCAUCAAAUCCUUUUAUUAGCACAAGUGCGAAGCCUCCAUCAGCCUCUGGGAGUCUUGCCUUUUUCCAGUAUGUGGGACGCAGACUUGCAAGUGCUUUAUCUCAGCAGUUCCUACCACCUGUUGUGCCCUACAUUCCCAUGCCAAGAAAACGUUGUGUGAGACAGAUACCUAGAAAAACUUCAAAUGUAAUAGAGCACAGUGUGGAGAAGAAAGCACCACAUCGCUCUUCAAGGCAAAAACAGCUGCUUGAAGAACCAUUGCUUCCUUCCCCAUUACAUUUCAUCACUCGUACCAAUAUGGCCUUGCAAAAAGUUAUGGAAGACCAGUGGGAAAAGGAGUUGAACAUUAGAAUGAAAGAAGCGAAAGAGGAGAUGGACAAUGAGCAACAACAGAAACAAAAAAAGGAAGAAGAACAUUUCAAAGAAAUAAUGAAAAAACGAGAGCAAAAACUAAAGAAAACAAGCAAACCUUAUGAACUCCCUUAAUUUAUGGAAAUAUAAAUGACUAUGAUAAAAUGAACAUAGGGAAUAUAGAUAAAAAAUGUCCCAUUCAGAAUUGCGAAUAUGCUUUAUUGACAAUUUCUACAUUCUAUUUAUAAGAAAUUGCAUAUUGAAAUUCAGAUUUAUGAUGUUAUUUAAACUGUAAUAGGUAAUUAUCUAUCAGAAACAGGUUUGCUUUGGUAUAAUUGCAUUCUAUGGUAAAAAGAUUUCUCACUUUUUCAAUUAUUUAAAAAGGGAACGCCAUAAGUAAAUGACCAUUAUUUAACAUAUACAGUAAUCAAUGGGGUGUUGUGUAUUUCUGUUUGAAAUCAAAGUUUGAGCAUUCUAAAUCCAUUUUAAAAAUGAGUAAUCUAAGUCAUGUGAGUGAUGUGUUGUUACCAUUCAUGUACCUAUUGGUGAUGAUUUUGAACAUUUUUCUUAAGAAAAAUAUAAUGAUAAUAAAAUUAAGUUUGAUUAUGAUUCUGAUCUACAUUUCCAUAAAGAGGUAGAUUGAUGCCCAAGGUUUUACAUAGUCCACAGUACAGCAUCUAAGCCUAUCUAUCAGAGAUUUUUACACCUUAUGAUAAGGAUUUCAGAGGCUGUGUCCGAGUAAACUGUGCAGAUUAUUUUAGUGUGAUUAAAACUGAAGCAUAAUUUAAAGUUAA